GAGAUUUAACAUGGCGGCGCCCUGCUGGUGAAACUCUUUCCUGCUCCUGCAAACUGUACUUAUUUACAACAAACAAACAAACAAACAAAAUAUCACCGAAUUUCUCAUGAGUCGAUAAACCCGGGCAAUAUCGGGACCGUUCGUUUGCAGAAAUAUAUAAUGGCAGACGAUUGCAAAUCCGAAGAAUCAGCUAAACCUGAGAAACAAGAAAACGACGACUCUACGGACACGGACGAUGGGACCACGAGCUCGGUGCAGAGUUACUACUGCUCGCUGUGUGGAAAGAGUUUUUCUAGAAAGGGACACCUUAAACAACACCACCUAAUCCACACAGGAGAAAAGCCACAUCAGUGCUCAGAGUGCAGGAAGACAUUUUCGCAGCAAAGCAAUCUGAAAAUUCACCAGCGUAUUCACACCCGAGAGAAGCCGUACGGAUGCUUGCAGUGCGGGAAGAGUUUUACGCUGCAGAAUACCUUUAAAAACCACCAGCGCAUUCACACGGGAGAGAAGCCGUAUCACUGCUUGGAGUGCGGGAAAAGUUUUACAGUGCAGAGUACGUUUAACAACCACCAGCGCAUUCACUCCGGAGAGAAGCCAUAUUACUGCUCGCUGUGCGGAAAGAGUUUUACCAGAAAGGGACAUCUUAAACAACACCACCUAAUCCACACAGGAGAAAAGCCACAUCAGUGCUCAGAGUGCGGGAAGACAUUUUCGCAGCAAAGCAAUCUGAAAAUUCACCAGCGUAUUCACACCCGAGAGAAGCCGUACGAAUGCUUGCAGUGCCGGAAGAGUUUUACGCUGCAGAGUACGUUUAAAAACCACCAGCGCAUUCACACGGGAGAGAAGCCGUAUCACUGCUUGGAGUGCGGGAAGAGUUUUACGCUGCAGAGUACGUUUAACAACCACCAGCGCAUUCACUCCGGAGAGAAGCCAUAUUACUGCACGCAGUGCGGGAAGAGGUUCACACGACACAGCACUUUUAAAAACCACCAGCGCGUCCACACGGGGGAGAAGCCUUACUACUGCUCGCUGUGUGGAAAGAGUUUUUCUAGAAAGGGACACCUUAAACAACACCACCUAAUCCACACAGGAGAAAAGCCACAUCAGUGCUCAGAGUGCGGGAAGACAUUUAUACAAAAAAGCAAUCUCAAAAAGCACCAGCGCGUUCACACCGGAGAGAAGCCAUACGAAUGCUUGCAGUGCGGGAAGAGUUUUACACGACAGAGUCCUUUUAAAAACCACCAGCGCAGUCACACCGGGGAGAAGCCGUAUCACUGCUCGCCGUGCGGGAAGAGUUUUACGCUGCAGAGUUCGUUUAAAAGACACCAACUCAUCCACAACGGAGAGAAGCCGUACUACUGUACGCAGUGCGGGAAGAGUUUUACACGAUACAGUAAUUUAAAAAGCCACCACCGCAUUCACACCGGGGAGCAGCUGUAUUGCUGCUUACAGUGCGGGAAGAGUUUUCGAGAGUUGGCUACUUUAAAAAACCACCAACUCAUUCACACAGGAGAGAAGCCGCAUUACUGCUCGCAGUGCGGGAUGAGUUUCAGAGAGCUGAGUCAUUUAAGAACGCACGAACGCAUUCACAUGAGAGAGACGCCGCACUACUGCUCUCAGUGCGGGAUGAGUUUCCGAGAACUCAGUCAUUUAAAGACGCACCAGCGCAUUCACAAAGGAGACAAGCCACAUUACUGCUCGCAGUGCGGGAUGAGUUUCAGAGAGUUGAGUCAUUUGAAAACUCACCAGCGCAUUCACACCGGAGGGAAGCCGUAUUUUUGCUCGCAGUGUGGGAUGAGUUUCAGAGAGUUGAGUCAUUUAAAAACGCACCAGCGCAUUCACACAAAAGAGAAGCCGCAUUACUGCUCGCAGUGUGGGAUGAGUUUCAGAGAGUUGAGUCAUUUGAAAACGCACCAGCGCAUUCACACAGGAGAGAGGCCAUAUCGCUGUUCGCAGUGCGGGAAGAGUUUUAAACAACAUGGAUCUUUUAAGGCACACCAGCGCAUUCACACAGGAGAGAAGCAAUAACGCUUAUUUGCAGAGUUUGACAAGUUUUACACAACCUCGUUACUGCAUGCAGUGUUUUUGUCCUAAAUAGGAAAUGACUCUCUUUUGAAGAGACCUGGCAUAGGCAGGUGAAGAUGACAAGAUGACUUUUAUGGUUUAAUGAUCAUUUAUAUGUGAACAAAUUAUAUCAUUUAAAUAGUCACUAUUUUCUAUGAGGCACUUGUUGAUGUCACUCUUGACAUUGGCUGGAUCUUAUAUGUGGUACAUGUUGUACAGUACAUCACAAUGUAACUGCUCAUUUACAACUUAUUAUAAAUAGCCAGUUUUAGAGUCAUUGAACAAAUCUAAUUCGAUUAGCUACAGUAGUUAUUUUUGUUCGUGUUAUUCUAACUGUUUAGAAUAAUGUAUGCAAUAAUGUCUAGUUACAGGAAAUGUUUCUGUAAUAAAAUAAUGUUUGGAUGUUUGCACUGUAAAAUAAUAUAUAUUUAUUGUUUUGUUUUCCCACUAUUACCAUUGCUAGCAGCAGAAACUGCUCCAAACAGCAUUUAAAAUGUUCUUCAUGGCCAAAACAGCAACAUUGACGAAGGAUAUUCCUAAAUUUGUGCAUUUGCUGAUCAGUAGUAAUCACCUAUAAAAUACUAUGUGUAUUUGGAAGGUAUGUGGAAGGAACUGCUGAUUUGUGUGCCAACAAGACUUUGGGGAUGUGGUAGCUGGUUAAGGCCUUGAUCGGAAGGUGUGAGUUCGAAUCCCAGGUUCACCAUGUUGCAACUGCUGACCCCCUGAGCAAGGCCCUUAACCCUCAAUUGCUCAGUUGUAUAAAAAUGAGAUAAAUUGUAAGUCGCUCUGAAUAAGGGUGUCUGCCAAAUGCCAGAAAUGUAAAUGUAAAACUCUAUAAAAGACAAAUCUCUGAAGCAGAAAGCACAAAAUGACUACUAAAUGGCAAAAAAUACAUGCCAGAGGAGUGAGAAAUUAGAGUGGCAUCUUCAAGAAUAAAAUAAAAUAUAUUAAUUAGCAGCACAACCAAUCACAGUAAAUCAAAUGGCUAAAAAAAAUCCAAAAACCAAGUUUUCACUUUUCUUUUACUUUUUUGUUUUUUGAAAAAACAUUAAUGCCUAGAUUAGUGGAGGACAUUAUAGCAGCUCUGAGGUGGUCUUCACACUGGGCAGCUUUACAUUUAUAUUACCGUUUACGGCACUUGGCAGACACCCUUAUACAAAGUGACGUACAAGAGUUCUUUUCUGUAAUCUGAAUCCGAGUGUAAUUGUUUCCCCGCACAGCACUGGGCUUGAUUAUAUCACUCACUUGAUUACAUCGAACCCCUGUUAACGUUUAUAGGAAUUGUAACACAAUUUCAGUGCAACCGAACUCGUACCACCUCCUACAGGUAGCCUCGAGUUCGGUACCUCACCACACUUUCUGGUCCACGUGACAGUUUCACAUUACCAGUAUUUCAUGUGAACUGUGCUCUGUUUCAGACUAAACUGCCAGUGUAAAAACUCUGUGACUUCUUGUCUUUUCUUAUGGCCAGGGUGGAAGUUUUCCAAGAGACACGAUUUCAAGUUUAAAGCAAAUGUGCCGAACACAUGCCAGGAUAUAUUAAACGGAAUGCUGAAUUCCAUCAGUUUUGGGCUGAAAGAGGAAGACAUUGUGAGCUGGAAAAUCUCACACAGAACACUAAGAAGCAGAUGGCAAAUUUUAAGUUGCAACAUAGUUUACAUUUAUAGCAUUUGGUAGAUGCCCUUAUCCAGAGUAUCUCAUUUAUGCAACUGAGCAGUUUAGGUUUAAGAGCAUUGCUCAAGGGCCCAGAACUGGCAGUUUAGUGGUUCUGGUAUUUGAACUCACAACCUUCCGAUUAGAAUUGGUUGCUUAUGUCUUUCAGCUGGCUCAGAGAUUAGUGCAGAGUUGCCUGGAUUCCAACAGUAACAUUGAGUAGUUCAUAAUAAUAAUAAAAAAUCUCUGUACUCCA